AUGUGUUAUAUCCAACGUAUGAGCCUAUGGGCAAUUUGGUCAUUUCUCCUUCUAUCUUCCAUUCACCUUCCAUGUUUCUUCGGAUCUGCUGCUCGCUUCUCCAACGAAACGGAUCUCCUUGCUUUGCUCAGCUUUAAAGAUCUAAUAAGGGACGAUCCUCUCCAAUCCUUGAGCUCCUGGAACCAUACUCUCCACUUCUGCCACUGGCAAGGUGUCAUUUGCGGUGGUCGACGGCAUCCUCAAAGGGUCACCGCCUUGAACCUCACUGGCCAAAACUUGGUGGGCUCCAUAUCUCCCUACAUUGCAAACCUCACCUUCCUCAGGAGAUUCGAUCUCACAGGAAAUAGCUUCCACGGUGCGGUUCCCGAUGAGAUUGGCCGUUUGUUCCGCUUGCGGUAUCUCAGUCUGGCCAAUAACACAUUCACCGGAGAAAUUCCAGCAAAUCUGACCCACUUUUCGGAACUCCAAGUCCUUGAUCUUUACGGGAAUCAGCUGUCAGGGAGGAUUCCAACUGAGCUUGGUUCUCUGUCAAAGCUCACCAGAUUGUACCUUGGUCAAAACAAUCUUACAGGAAGCAUCCCACCUUCACUUGGAAACCUUUCGUCUCUCACUUACCUUUAUCUCUCAAUAAAUAGUCUAGAUGGCAACAUCCCAGACGAUCUCGGUCGGUUGGUGAAGUUAAGCAUUCUUGCCAUUCGUGAAAAUGAACUAUCAGGUGCGAUUCCGCCUCGGCUCUACAAUCUCUCCUCUAUUAACGUUUUGGACAUGGGAUUUAACAGAUUGCAUGGAAAUCUUCCACCUAACUUAGACCUCACUCUUCCUAAUCUCCAAGAGCUUUAUGUCAGAGCAAACGAAUUCACAGGGCAUAUACCAGUUUCAUUAUCCAAUGCUUCGGGACUUCUAAAUAUUCAUCUUUCUGAGAAUAGUUUUAUUGGAUCCGUGCCUAUGAAUUUUGGAAGCCUUAAGGGUCUCCACACCUUAGCUUUCUGGGGCAAUGGACUUGGAAUUGGGAAAGGUCGUGACUUGAAUUUUCUCAUUUCUUUGACCAAUUGCAGUAACUUUCAAGUGCUGGACAUAAGCCAAAAUCGUCUCAGUGGGGUGUUGCCUGACUCCAUGUCUAAUCUUUCGACCCGGCUGAGGUACCUAUCAUUAGGAAGUAACCGUAUAUUUGGAAGCAUACCAUCUGGGAUUCAGAAUCUUGUCGGCUUAACAACACUAGGAAUGGAAUACAACUUUCUAACAGGUACUAUUCCCGUUGGUGUUGGGAAGCUUAACAAGAUUGGAGUAUUUUCCUUUGAAGGAAAUGAAUUAUCAGGGCAAAUUCCGUCAACCUUUGGCAACAUCUCCCAACUGUUCAUACUCAGUUUAUCUAGAAACAAUCUAUCGGGAAGCAUACCUUCAGCCCUUGGUAAUUGCAUACUUCAAUUCAUAUACCUCCAGUAUAAUUACUUCAGUGGUAGCUUACCCAAACAACUUUUCAGCAUUCCGUCUCUGAUUAAAUUUGAAGCUCAAAACAACUUCUUUACUACUCUGCCAAAUGGAGCGGGUUACUUGCCAGCUCUUGGAACAUUCCGGGUUUCUAAUAACAAAUUGUCAGGCGAAAUUCCACGAUGGCUAGGCAAUUGUCUCAGCCUAGAGUCUCUCUCCUUGGAUGGGAACUUCUUUCAAGGAUCAAUUCCUCCAACAUUUACUACUCUAAGAGGCCUUCAAUCCCUGGAUCUUUCCCACAACAAUUUGUCUGGGAAGAUUCCAGAAUACAUGGCGAAGCUUCUAGCUCUGCAGUAUCUAAAUCUGUCUUUCAAUAAUUUCGAGGGUGAGUUACCGAAAGAAGGGGUCUUUGGAAAUGCCAGUCAAGUUUCAGUGCUCGGGAAUAGUAAGCUUUGUGGGGGUAUUCAUGAAUUACAAUUGCCUCCAUGCUCUUCCAAGAAACGGGGGAAGUCUCUUGCUUCAAAAGUAAAAUUCUCAGUAAUUGGUGUUGUCCUGUGCCUUAUUUCAUUAUCAUGUUUCUUUACCAUUCUUUAUUGGGUAAGAAAGUCAAGAAGGAAACCUUUGACUGAGACUUCUGCCGAGGAUCCUUUUCUGAACGUGUCUUAUGGGGAGCUCUUUAAAGCAACAGAUGGGUUCUCUUCUGCCAAUUUGAUUGGCACUGGAAGUUAUGGUUCUGUGUAUAAAGGAAUUUUAGAGGGAGACGGAAAUAUCGUGGCUGUGAAAGUCAUCAACCUUCAACGACAAGGAGCUCUUAGGAGUUUCUUGGCUGAAUGCGAAGUUUUGAGAAACAUUAGGCAUCGGAAUCUUGUUAAGAUCUUAACUUGUUGCUCCAGCAUUGAUUUUAAGGGCAGUGAUUUCAAAGCUCUAGUUUAUGAGUAUAUGCCCAAUGGAAGUCUAGAGAAGUGGUUGCACAGAGAUGGCCAGGACGAUCAGCCGAGGAGCUUGAACUUUAUUCAAAGGCUAAACAUAGCCAUUGAUGUGGCUUCUGCAUUAGAUUAUCUCCAUGAUCAUUGCCAAACAUCAAUUGUUCAUCGAGAUUUAAAACCAAGCAACAUUCUUCUUGAUGAUGACAUGAUUGCUCGUGUGAGUGAUUUUGGGCUAGCCAGGUUCUUAUCUGAGGUUGCUCAAACCAGCUCGGUUGGUAUGAAAGGAUCUAUUGGGUACAUCGCUCCAGGUAACUAUUUCAUAUAUUUCCAUUUAUUUUAUAUCUCCUUGAGAAAUGAUCUCCUGGAAACUGAAUAUGUGAUGGGCAGUAAAGCAUCUACACAAGGAGAUGUUUACAGCUAUGGAAUUCUUCUAUUGGAGAUGAUCACUGGCAAGGGGCCAACUGAUGGGAUGUUUAUGGACAAUCUAAGCCUUCAUCAUUUUGCUAAGUUAGCUUUGCCUGAACGAGUAAUGGAGAUUGUUAAGCCACAAUUGCUUAUAGAAGGCACUGAAGUUACUCAGGGCAAUGGAAAUCAUAUCAAUACAAGAAAUAGAAUGCAUGAAUGCUUGAUUUUAUUGGUCAGAAUUGGUGUGUUGUACUCUUCAGAGUCUCCAAGAGAACGAAUGUGCAUGAAAGAUGUUGUCACCGAAAUGCAUGCAAUCAAGGAUUUAUAUCUGGGUGUCAGGAUUCAGCAAGAUGAACAAGUUAUGUCACAACUGUCAGGUGAAGAUCCAUCUUACCUCAGUUAUUAUUGA